UAAAAGUCUCUGCAUCGCUAAAUCCAUGAAACUGAGAUAACUUCGUGUUUUGCGGAUAAAAUAAUUUUGAUGAAUUGAAUUACGACUUUUUGCAGCUAUGAUACUAUGCUUCACUACGCUAUCAUGUACUCAAGAUUCAUAAUUGUGCUUCUAUUGCCAAUUUCUGGCAUCUUCGCCCAAUCUUGUGAUGAACAAUUAAGACAAUAUCAUAUUGUCCCUGACGUAGUCAAUUCAUGUAAAGGGAAAUUACAAGUGUGUUUUGGUAAAACGCAGGUGAAUUGCGGGAGUAAUGUCUCUGUAAAAGACACCAUGGAUUCUCCAGUAGUAGCUUUUGAUGCUACAGACCAAUGCAAGAAAUAUGUAACGGUUAUUAUGGUUGAUUUGGAUGCAUAUGUUAUUGGACCAUUUCUUCACUGGGGAGUGUACAAUAUACCAGUUAAUGUUUUAGCAGACGGUUACCAAGGAGACGAUAAAGGUUACAGGGAGUUCCCAUGGCAACCACUUGUGCCUCUAAGUCCAACUGGUAAUCACCGAUACACAUUCUUUACAUUUUGCCAAGAUAAUGAAGUGCCAGAGCAAAAAUCUCCAAGAAAUAUUAUUUCGAAUUUCUUUGACAGAAUAUUUUUCAACACCACCGAAUUCCAGAAGUCGCACAACUUUGGAGACCCAGUAGCGUGCAAUUUUUUCAUUCAAACGUUAUACGGAAACAUAAGUUUAUUUUCAUUGUUUUAAAGCUGCUUGACAAAAAAUACUUUGCAUAUGAACUGCAUCAUUACUUUCCAUAAAA